AUGACUACUGAAACAAAAAAAAGAAUAAACUAUUUUUAUGAUUAUGAUAUCAUUGGGUUUGAUCAUGGUUCAAAUCAUCCAAUGAAAACAUUAAGAGUACAGAUGACUCAUGAUCUAGUUAUGAAAUAUGGAUUGUGCAAGAAAAUGGAAAUCUUUAGACCUAGACCAAGUACAUUUGAUGAAUUAACACAAUUCCACACAGAUGAUUAUAUAAAUUUUUUGGAAAAAAUUACACCAGAUAAUAAGGACUAUUUUUUUAAAGAAUGUACUAAAUUCAAUGUUGGUGAAGAUUGUCCAGUGUUUAUGGGAUUACUUGAUUAUUGUAAAAUAGCAACAGGAGGAUCUUUAGAGGGUGCGGCAAGGUUAAAUUAUGGAUUAUGUGAUAUAGCUGUUAAUUGGGCAGGAGGGUUACAUCAUGCAAAAAAACAAGAAGCUAGUGGUUUUUGUUAUGUUAAUGAUAUAGUUAUCUCUAUUUUAGAAUUAUUACGGUUUCAUCAACGUGUACUCUAUAUAGAUAUUGACAUUCAUCACGGAGAUGGUGUAGAAGAGGCAUUUUAUAAAACAGAUCGAGUGAUGACGCUGAGUUUUCAUAAUUAUGGAGAAUUUUUUCCAGGAACUGGAGAUGUCAAUGAUGUUGGUAUUGGCAAAGGAAAAUAUUACGCAGUAAAUUUCCCUUUAAGAGAAGGGGUUGAUGAUGAAACAUAUAAAUUUGUGUUUGAGCCAUUCAAUAUACCAAUGCUAAUAUUAGGAGGAGGUGGUUAUACUAUACGUAAUGUGUCUAGAGCUUGGGCAUAUGAAACUGGAGUGGUAGUUGGACAAGAAAUUGGACCAGAGUAUAAACUAGAUGUAUUGUCAAGCAACAUGGAAAAUAAAAAUACAAGAAAAUAUUUAGAAAAAACAAUGUAG